CUGCAGUAGUGAAGCUGUCAGGCGCUAAGGAGCAGAGGAGCUGCUGGAACCGUUUUCUUUAUGGUUUUUUGGACCGUUUUCAGGUUGUUUUAACGUUUCGACUUUGCGGUGAAGUCUGAAACUGAUUCUCUUCCAUCUGUGAGUACCGGGACAUGUCGGUAACGGGAGCCCAGCUGGGCUGCAGGAAGCUGCUGAAAAUGGUGAAGGUGUUUCGCUGUCCGGACCGUCAUGGCUACGCUGUGGAGGUGUCUCCGUUCAUACCCAACAGAGUGGCCUGUGCUGCCUCCCAGUACUAUGGCAUCGCUGGUUGCGGCACCCUCCUGGUUCUGGAUGAGACAGAGACGGGGGUUGUUCUCGUGGGAAGAUGGGAGUGGAGUGACGGUCUGUUCGACGUAGCAUGGAGCGAAGCCAACGAGCACGUCGUGGUCGCUGGGGGAGGAGAUGGCAGCCUGCAGCUGUGGGACACAGCCAAUCACAGCGCUCCCCUGAGAGUGGCCAAAGAACACACACAAGAGGUGUAUGCUGUCGACUGGAGUCAAACCAGAGGAGAGAACCUCAUCGUCUCCGGGUCGUGGGAUCAAACCGCUAAAGUUUGGGACCCCGCUCUCAGCCAAUCACUGACCACACUCAGGGGUCACGAAGGGGUCAUCUACAGCACCAUCUGGUCACCUCACAUCCCAGGAUGCUUUGCUUCAGCCUCAGGUGACGGGACGCUCAGGGUUUGGGAUGUGAAGAGUGCUGCCUGUCGACUGGCCGUCCCAGCACACAAGGCUGAAAUCCUCAGCUGUGACUGGUGCAAAUACGACCAGAAUAUUGUGGCCACAGGCUCAGUAGACUGCAGUGUGUGUGUGUGGGACCUGAGGAACGUCCGACAGCCUGUCAAUCAACUGCGAGGGCACACCUACGCCAUCCGCAGAGUCAAGUUUUCUCCAUUCAGUAAGACCGAGUUGGCGUCCUGCUCAUAUGAUUUUACUGUCAGGUUCUGGGACUACAGUAGGAACCAGCCUCUUCUGGACACUGUGGAACAUCACUCAGAGUUUGUCUGCGGACUAGACUUCAACCUGCAUAUCCCCAACCAGGUGGUGGACUGUUCCUGGGAUGAGACGGUGAAGAUCUACACACCUGCCUGCCUGACUGCUGGAACACACAGUACAGCACCAUAAAACACACGCUCAUAGGUACUACUGUACUUCUGAGGACACUGGAUUGAGAUUCAUGAAUUGCCUUAACGAUGGCCUUAACCCAGGGGUUGCCAAACUUUUUCCUGUCCGCCCCUCCGAAAUACGCACCUACCCUGCAGAGAAAUUCCGCAAUAUUGAUGCAACAAAGACCCUUAAUUACACCAACUUUGUUUUUUACACAGAACCAAGCAAUGCCAGCAGAAUAGCUGCCUAACCCCAGUGCUUACUCUUACAUCUGCCCUUAAUGUAACUCUUACCCUAAACUUAAAUCUAAAUCCUGAAAAUAACAGUUUACCUUGUGCUGUCCCCAUGUCCGUUAUUGUCGACUCGGAGGGUAAGGAGUAUCCGGAUUGGUUUAGUUUAGUUUAGUUUCAUUUAGGAUCCUCAUUCGCUGCAGCUAUUCUUCCUGGGGUCCAUGGUGGGUCGCACACAUAUCAUGUCAUCAAAACGUUACACUUGUCGCGUCCUGUUGACUCAAACUUUUUACACAGACAUUGAUUCGGUGCUGGUACGACCUGCGCUGCUGGUUUAAAGGCAAGGCUAUUCUUUACCUCUUAUACAGGACAAUGAGGCAGAAUAAAGGUGCAACGUUGCCGCCUUGAACAGGCAGUGUAAAGAGGCAACUGACACAUGUAGCUGCUUUGAAUUUCCAAUAUUGUUGAAAUAAUGACAAUGAAUUCUACUGAAAAAAAGAGAAAACAAUAACUGAUUUUCACAGUGCUGCCAUCAGAGUAAAGCAACGUCCUUUCUUUUCUGAAGUUUUGUGCACAGUCUUAUUGGAGUCACUUAAUUAUUUUAUAAUCUGUAUUUAAAGUCGUUAAAGAGUCAUUCACAUCCACAAAUCUACAAAGAACCAACAAUUAAACUGUCAGGAUUUCGUGCAGAACAUUUUAACAGGGACUUAACUGAAAUUAGGACCAGUCCUGCUGACAUUAAAAGAAGAAAAAGCGUUUUACUUAAGUACCACGUUUCAAGGAGAAUCUGACACAAGGAGCAGUAUGUUUGCAUCUUGGUAACAAAUCAGAGCAGCACAUCCCACUGCAGAAAAAAUAGAUAUGUUAAGGAAGCAGAGAUGAAUAAAGGUCUGCAUCAAACCCCAUCAUAUUUUCUCAUAUUUACCCGACACAUAAACAUCUCCAUGCUUUUCUCACAGAGCUUCUAUAUUGUGCACCUAUUUGUCUAAAUUCAAAUGGGAGCCACUGCUCUGACUGUAACCAUAACUGCUAGCUGCCUAACCACAGUGCUUACUCUAACAUCUGACCUUAACCUAAUUUCAAUCCUAAACUUGAAAUCAAAUCUAAACCCCUGAAAUAAACAGUUUACCUUGUGAUGUCCCUCGAUGUAAGUCUCCAGGUAGGGUCCCCACAAUGUGAUAAAAACACAAAAACAUACACGUACUUCCACACACACAUUAUCAGCAGCACGCUUUGAAAAUUUCACAAGAUGCACUGUUAUUUAAUUUUCAUACUGAAACGAUUCAAAAUGUUUAAUUCAGGCUUGAUUAAGUUGUGUUGAUGUUUCUGUGAAUGAAUAAGUGUGAUCCUUAAUAUCCAUGUCAUUAUCUGCCACUCCUUUAUCUCACUGAUAUUCUGUAACUCGAGGGACAAAAUGUCAACUGUGACUAAUUUAACCCCUGAAAUGUCAUCAGUGUAGAUAUGGUGUUGAUGAUGAUCUGUAUGUGCCUUCAAUAAAGAUGUAAAUAUCACAUGAAGAUGAUGAUAUCAUCGAGAGAGUGGAGUAAAAAGCACAUUUGUAUCUCUCUAAUGUCGCAGAAUAAAAGUAUAAAUGGGCUUUUAUUUUGUAACUGGAAAGGUUGAAUUAAGAAGAAAUAUUUGUAUAUUUUCAUGUUUGUGACAGUUAAAGACAUUGAAACUGUAGUGAAAGGUGAUAUAAUGUCAAUAUAAUCAUCAAAACAC